CUUUCUCGCUUUAUCAACCUUGUCUCUUUGACGUUUUUCUCGCGACAAGAGGAAUUGUAUUAAAUACGUAUAAAAAUCCUCAAUUCUCUUUAUUAUUAUCAAAGGAAAAUACCACAUUGAUUUAUCAUUUUCAUUUAUCAAAUCGUCAAUAAGUUAAAUAAGUUAAUAUCCUUUUUACAAAUAAAUCAAACAUUUAUAAUAGAUAAAUAUUUUGUGUUUUUAAUUUUGGAAUAUGUUGUUUAUAUAAUUUAUCUAAAAUUAAGUUAUCCAAUUAACUGCUAGUAUUAUUCAAAUUUUUAUACACGUUUAAAUUAACUUGAAAGAAAAAAAAAUUGCGAUAUUUAAUAAUCAAGUUGAAAAGUGUUAAAGUUAAAAUUGCAUAAUAAUUAUUAUUGAAAAUAUGAGAAACUCAACAUUGCUUAAAUGGGCUCAGAAUUCAACAAAUAAUAAAAAUGCACCGAAUAAAAAUGGAGGGACAGAUAAAAACUGGAUUCAUCCACCAGAUGCCUUGCAAAAGGGUCAUAUUGCCUACCUCGUAAAGUAUCUUGGAAGUACCGAUGUCGAUCAACCCAAAGGCAUUCAAGUUGUCAAGGACGCAGCAUCAAAACUCAAGUUUUCUCAGCAAUUAAAAAAAAGUGAAGGUACAAAAAUUCCAAAAGUUGAAUUGACAAUCAGUAUUGAUGGUGUUGCAAUACAGGAACCCAAGACAAAAACAAAACCCAAGCGUAUAAUGCAUCAAUAUCCACUUCAUCGAAUAUCUUAUUGUGCUGAUGAUAAGAGUGAAAAAAAAUUUUUUAGUUUUAUUGCAAAAGAAGAAGAUGCUGAUAAACAUAUGUGUUUUGUAUUUGUAAGUGAUAAAUUGGCUGAAGAAAUAACAUUGACAAUUGGUCAAGCAUUUGGAUUGGCAUACAGAAGAUUUUUAGAAACAUCAGGUAAAGAUCUUGAAUCACAACGUCGUUGUAUGGUUCUUCAACAAAAAAUUCGUCGUCUUGAACUUGAAAAUAAUACAUAUCGACAAAGGCUACAAGACAUUUGCGCAAUCAAAGGCACGGCGGAUGUUCAGUCAUAUUUAACUGAUCACGAUCUUCCAGACAUUUUACAUGUGCCAAUAAAAACUCAAGAUUUGUCUGAUGAUGUAUCUCGAUUAAACAACAACAAUAAUAUUAACACAAAUGGUAAUAAGCUAUCAUCCGAUAAAAAUGGAAAUACAUUAAAUGGUUCACAACAAGAACCACCACCAGUUCCACCACGAAGUUUUGAAAAAUCUUUUGAUGAAAACUUUUUGAAUAGUAACAAAUCAUUGUCAACAGUUUUAACAAGAGUUAUUGAAAAUAAACCUGUUGAAAAUCAGCUCAUUGAUGAUGAAUUUGAUGAAGAUUUUAAUCCAAGGGCCUAUGAAGCAGCUACAAAUGGAUUUCAUCAUAAUAAUAUGUUAAAUGGAAAAACAACAGCUUCAUUUCCAUCUAUCAAUGAUUCAUUGACUCCACCACUUUUGGCACCACCACCAAAAGCCAAAGAUUCACGACGUCAACAAAAUGGAAUGAAAAAAGAUCUUUUUGGUAGUACGCCUUUUAAUCCAACAACACCAACAAGUACUUGUCUUGAUGAUCCAUUUGAAAUGGGUGAAUUUUCAAGUUUUUCAUCAGUUUCAAAUCCAAGUCAGCAAGAACUUGAAAAUGCUAUUGGUUUACUUGACAAAAGAAUAUUGGAAAUGAAGAAUGGUUUUAGUCAAGGACUCUCAAUAGGCUCUGAUGAUUUUUCAUUGGAAAGCCUAGAUCCUCUACGUAAUUAAUUGUUUAAAACAAAAAAGAAAAAAAAAAAUUUGAUCUUUUAAAAAAACAAUAAAAAAAAAAAAUUUCUCCUUUGCAAAGACCAAAAUUAGUUAAUUAAUUAAUAUUAUAUUUAUAAAAUAAUGGUGAUUUUAUCAAGUCUUUUUUUAGAAAUUAUAGUGGUUAUAUUUUAAUUUUUCAUUUUAAAAACAUUUUAAAAAUAUUUUACUAACUAAAUUUUACUAAUUUAAAAAAAAAAAUAUAUAUAAUAUCAACUAUUUUACAAUAUAUAUAUACAUAAACUUUAUUAUUGAGUAAAGAUAAAAAUAGUAAUAAAAAAAAUAUAAAGUGAGAAAAAAAAAAUAUUAAAUAAAUAAAAUUAAAAAAAAAAAAUUCUAUCAUAGUUUUACUUUAAUCUAUUUUUAUUAUAUUUAAUCAACAAAGCAUUUAAUGUUUCACCCGCACUUUUUGAUUGUCAAGCUUCUCACAUCAACCAUUACUAAAUAUAAAUUAGUAUAUUCACAUGACAAAAAUAAAAAAAAAAAAGUUUUACAUCACAUUUGAUUAAUUUAUAAAGUUCCCUGGAUAUUCCAAGAAUAUUUUUCUCAGCAUCUAUUUAAUCAUAUUUAAUAAAUCAAUUGAUGAAAAGACAUGUACUGUGACAUGAAUAAAAACAAAAUCAUCACGAGACUAAUAAUAUAAUAAUAACACAACACAACCAUCAUCAUCAACAUUUUUUAUUUUCUUAAUAAUUGAUGGAAAAAAAAAUGAAAAUAUGCUUUUUAACAAUAUUAUAAUUGUUUUGUAAUUUCUAUUUUCACAUGCAAUUUCACCGACUUUUCUUAUAUAUAUAAAAAAAUAAAAUAAACAAAAUAAAAAUGGAUUUAUAGUAGUGUUAUCAUUUUAAACAGGGUCAAGGAUAGUUGAUAAUAAUGAUAAAGCAUGUCUAUAUAUUCGACAUAACAAUAUUAAUUCAACAUUGUUUAUUUUUUUUUUUUUAAUCUGUUUGAAGUAUUAAGAAAUAAAUUAUUAAUAAUAAUCAAAUGAAAAUAUAGAAAGUCGUUGAUCUUUUAUUUCAAGAUCAGUAGAAAAAUAAAUAAAUAAAUAAAUAAAUGAUAA